AUGCAAUCACUUCCGCCGGAUACGGGUUCGACGCCCUGCUUGCUGGGGGAAAAAUCACCCUUUUCCGGCCAUCGUAUGAUUCUCCCCGGAAAACUGGGCAAGUCGUCAAUCAGCGUUGCGUUUUACCUGAUAUUCCGCCCGUGGCCCGUUAGCCAGACUGAUCAUGACAGGAGGGCUCCUAGAAAUAACACUGAUUUCUUUAGGAAAUUGCGGGACUGCCACUUUUUCGAACGAGGCGUUCCUUCGAGUUUGCCCCAAUUCCUGGUUUCGCAUGCGCAGUGGAGUGCAGAAAGUACACUGCACUUUUUUGAGGCAGAAUAUGAAACCGGAUGAAAUUAUUUCCAUUCAGAAAUGUCUUCCCGCUGAGCGAGAAACAAGAAGCCUCAAGUAGUUCUUCGACUACUUUGUCAACGCUGAUCCGUCCUCAGGAUUAUCAAAGGAUUAGUCAGGACUCAGGACUAAGCUCAUGUACGUGUACUCGUUGUGUUACUGCGUAAUGCAACUAUAUCUGAAAGAAAAGUCUUAUCCAAAUGUUCUCGGGAUUUUUAUUCUUCACGACAUCUUUCCUCGUUGGCGAUAAGGAAGACAGCAGAAAUUCGAUCAGAAACGUGAGUUUCAACUCAUGGAAAAUUUAAAAGAGAUGAG